CUCAAUUAUUAGGCCUCUUAUUAGGUAUGUACCUCUUCCUCCAUCUUCAAUACACCUCCAGCCUUCAUCAGCUCUGCUGUCUUUGAACUCAACCUUGGAAGAGAACAACAAUUCUCCUUCAGAACUGAAAGAGUGUUCCGGGAACACAAACAAUGUGCUUUAUCUUCAUUUAAACAACCGCAUUCUUCUGGACAAUGAAUCAUUUUGUUCUUUUAUAGUGCUACCGUGCAUGUCAAGAUCCUAAUCUUACAUCUUCCCAGUCAUCCUCGAUCACGGAAUCCAAACCAACCUGCCUAAAGUUUUUGACAAACUUGGGUCAGCUUUUUCACCUUUUUUUUUUCUCUGUUUGUUGAGCAAAACUACUUCUGCACCCAAGAGUUAUACUCUUUCCUUGCGUGCCGUACUCUCUUGUACGAACUGACCGGCGCAGCUAGCUGCCCUCAAUUUAACACGAGUCGAGUUCUGAUUCACAGGCCUCCUUUAAUCCUAAUACGAUACAGAAGACGGGCGGAAGUGCAUAAUUCCUCGUAAUAACAAGUCGCCGAGAUGUUCCCCUCCAUCACACAAGCGACACAAGUGACCCUGCUUGAAUGGGCUGACUCUAUGCUUGUGCAACUACUGCCUGGACGCAAUCCGGAAUUGAGAGCAAAGAAGCCCGAACAUCUCUUCGACGGCGCCGUUUUCUCUGCCCUACUCGAAAUCUUAGAUACCGAAUACAACCCCUCAAGAUUUCAACAGAGCCAUGCCGCAUUCUCUACUGAUGGCGAUGUAUCCCAAGGCAGACGGCGAAACCUGCAUAUCAUUCAUAUGGGCUUGAAAGACUUCGCGCGGCGGCAUUGCUCCAAAAUCGAGCCCUUGAUUAACCAAGUUGAUUUCCAAGCGCUGGGCAAAGAACCUACCAAAGCGGGCAUGUCUGAGAUCUUGGUACUAUUUGUAUCAGCUGCUUGCUUCCGCGAAGAUGAUAAUACGCAGUACAUCACUCUAGUCACUGAGUUAGGACCAAAGCUUCAGCAGGGUAUCUUCCAGAUCCUCAAGGAAGUUAAUCAUAGGCUUGGACAGGUAGGCGGAGCUGGUGAUGGCGAUCUUGAGCCAGGUCGGACCGCCGGCGACCUUGAAGAUGAGCUUGCCCAAGAAGCAGCGCUGGCCGAAUUACAACGCGAAGCAGAUGAAGCAAAAAGACAAGCAAGCGGCUUGAAACUGCGGUUGGACCGACUCCAGGAUAAUUACGACGAGCUUUUAAGGAAACACGAGGAGCUUCAGGAACAAAACCAGCAACUACACAAGCAGAUUGAGUCGGAAGUUGGUAACUUCGAUAAACACCGACUUCAGCGUCAACUGAAAGAAAAUGAGACUCUCAUCGCAAACCUGGAAAACGAGAGGAACUACCUAGCUGAAGAAAAAGAGCGACUUCUAAAGGACAAGGCUCGCCUUGAAGUAGUGGCGCAGAAGGCCGAGUUGCUAGCCGACGAAAACCAAGAACUCCGUUCCAAAAACGAGGAUCUUUCCAAAAAGGCUAACAUGGCUGACAACUUACGAAAGAAGCUAGAGUCGCUGAAGACGAUAGAAGUCGACCUCAAGGCACUCCAAAGCGAAAGGGUCGACGCAACGAAACUUAUGGAGCAACUCAGCAAUGCCACGAUAAGGAAUGAAACACUAAAACGAGAAACAGAAGCAUAUGCUACCAAGAUGCAGGGAUACGAAAUCGAUAUCGCCAAUUUUAACAACCAAAAGACGAUGUACACUGCCGAGAUUGCUGAAUUGAGACUGCGUCUGGAGGAGCUACAUUCCCGCAGCCAGAUAGACGAAGGGGUUGUACGAGAGCUUCAGGAGAAGGUCCUGAUGCUUGAUCCCUCGACUACCCCGACUACGCCCAUAGGCCCCCGCCCGACUACCCUCGAAGACGAACUGAACGAGUCUAGCAGUGCCGUUUCGAUGAGAAACCUCGAAUUGCAGCGUCUUCAAGCGGAGAAUGCUGUCCUUAAGAGCAGCAUUGGCACAGAAACAGAGAAAGGACAACUUAUUCACGAGAUGGAGGACAUUCGCAACUCUCGCGAUGCUCUCCAGGCGAGGUAUAACGAUAUACUCGAGAAGUUCACAGUCGGACAACAUCAACUGGAUGCACUUAUCCAGAACAUGGGUAAAGACGGAGACGAGGCAUUUUCCAACCUGCGAACACAGGUCCUCGCCGAACAGAACCGUACGAAGCAACUCGAGAGGCAGCUCUCAGCGAUCAAUGAAGAGCUGGCUGAUAAGGAGAGGGCUUUAUUAGAGGCGCGGGGUGAUUUGAACGCUGUUGAAAAAUCGAGCCUUGAUGCCCUUGCAGAGCUAAAGAAAACCGAUGGCAUGCUUGCUGUGUCUCUUCGUGCGGAGCUCGAAUUAGAGAGGAAGAGGCAUAAGGGGCUAAGAGAAGAGUUUGAAAACCAGCGAACGCAGCUACUGACAGCAUUUAUCGAGAAAGAUCAGCUCCGGCGCGAAGCGGAAGCGGCGAACCGAGAACUACAGAGAGCUGCAGAUGGACUAACCGUCAGCACGGACAGCGUCAAACAGUCCGAGAAAAUGGAGAAGCUCCGAGGGCGCUACAAGCAACUGUCACUGCAAUACGAACAAUCAGAGUCUAAGAAUCGCGAACUUGAGCGAACCCUGAAAGCCGUUCGUGCCGGAGUAGAGGCUGGUGCUCAGAAGGCGCAAACCGAUCAAAUAAUCAAAAACUUGCAACGCGAAAAUGCGAUGAUUACCACAGCGUGGUACGAUCUAACCAGCAGAUUGCAGAGCAACCACGUCGUGCUACAAAGGCGGCAGGAUGUCCCUAAGAGCUGGCUGAACAAGCAGAGACAGAUGGUGAAUGCCACACCUCGAAAGUAAAGAUUUUUUGGGGUACGACACAAUAUUAGCACAAUGAUGCUUGAUGAACGAAACUAGUUACUCCCUUUAUUCUUAACUUUCUCUGGCAGCGCCAGGCCCUUAAUGGCAUGUUCAAGCUUGGACAUGCGCCACAGCAGCUUGAUGCUCCCCCUAUUCUCCUUUCUGUCUCUUCAACCCACAUGACAUUUUUCUUUUUUAACUUGGCUCUCUUAUAUCUCAUGUCUAGAAAUUGGAAUGAUUGAUAUCCAUCCCCCCCUCCCUAAGAUCGAGCAUUUUUCUUUAUAUAGGGUAGUUGGUGGACGGGGGCCUCGGUGAAAUUACUUAGGUAUCGAAUCCAUUGAGCAUAGCGUGGCAUGCGGUUGGCAGGCACAUUGUUCAUCUUUUUCUUCCACCCGUGUGAGUGCGGGUAUAUAAUAUCCGCCGUUUUUGAUAUAGGUUAGGUAGUUAGCUAGCUGGUAUAGGUAGUUGCACGGUGGAAAGGAGGGCUCGCGAGAAUCGAAACUCCUACGACGUAUCUUUUUGGGGGUUGUGUUUGUGAAUAAUAUUUGAUAUGUAUGUUGUCACGUAGGUUGUAGGUAACGAUCACCAAGUAUCAAUGUGGUUGGAUAGGUACAUAGGUAAUGAAUGCGAUUCAAGUCUUACUUUAUUACGAUGAAUGAUUCGUAAUCAC